AUGUUAGGUAUACGGCCGUUUACGGCUCAGUGUGAAUUAGACGUAUCGUGCGGAUCUCGCUAUUCGUCUUUUGAUAGUUACCGCCGCCAUAUCUACCGAUGUCAUCGUUCUCUAAUCGAUUCAUUUGGCAAUAAUGAUACUCCUUCAUCGAAUAUCCAUGAUAUUGUCGAUGAUCUUGAGAAUAUAUUUUCUCAUCCUACUUUUAGUGAUGAAUCAGAUGCUAUUAAUGAUCAUGAAUCUUGUAUCUAUCCCGAUGAAGAACUUGAUGAUACAGAUCGUGAAUUACUUAAUUUCGAUUCCACCGUCGUGUCUAUUGCUAAUGAACAAGUUAAUUUUGGCAGACUUGCGCAAUUUUACACCCGUUUUCUACUCGAGCUUCGUGAAUAUCAUCUUCUUCCUCAAAACGUCGUACAAUCUAUUUCAUCUAAAAUUUGUUCUUUAUUUGACAUAAUUAUCAAAUUAUUUAAAACAAAAGUGUCAUCAUCCUUCGUUUCUAUUAUUGAUAUGGAAGCAGUAUUUACACACGUCAGGUUUAUUAUCAAUUCUGUUAGUAAAAGCGAAUAUAACUUUUUAAAACAAUGUAAAAAUGAUUUCGACUAUCAACCACCAACUGAAAUCAAAUUAACUACAAAUGAAGAACUUGCUUAUUAUAUUCCAUUGAAGCAGAGCUUGUUUUGCAUGCUUCAAAAUGGCCAAUUACUACAGGCGACAAUUGAUAAUAUUAAUUCGUUAUCAACUCGUGCAGCUAAAGACAACGAUCUAAUAUUAUCCAAUCGACAAAGUCGUUCAGUUAAAUCAAAUCUUUCUCGUCAAACAAAUUCUAAUUCUUUAUUAUUGAAAUUAUAUACAGAUGGCAUUGGUAUUACUAAUCCAAUAGGUGCUAAGAAAGAUUCGCACAAGUUUACUUGUUUUUAUUAUUUGUUGGAUGAUUUACCUGAUAUCGUUCGAUCACAAGUUAAUUCAAUAGGUUUACAUUGUAUAUGUUAUACAAAACAUUUGAACAAUGAUAACAAUAGGUCAAUAUUAAUGAAUAUACUUGUGGAAGAUCUUAAUAAACUUCAAACUGAAGGCAUCACAAUUCCUUGUCUUUUCAGUAGAAUUUAUUUCGUUUUCUCUACUUUAUCUAGUGAUAAUUUAGCGUCCAACGAAGUUGAAGGCUUUCAGAAAAGCUUUAGCUCUGGGAGCUUCUGCCGUCAUUGUUUCGUUACUUAUGAACAAAGGCAUAUCCCAUUAACUGAGAUAUCAUUUUUACCACGAACUCGUAUAAAGCACGACAUGAUUGUCAAUAAAGUUAUCGCUAAUAAUGAUGGUCAAAUUAUUCAAGGUGUCAAAAAUGAAAGUUGGUUGAAAGAUCUUAUUGGCUUUCAUGCUACUGAAUCACUUCCACCAGACAUUAUGCAUGAUAUCGCUGAAGGUAAUACUACGAUUAUUCAGCAACGCCUUUUGACGUAUUCAGAUAUUGAACAACGCACAUCAUGUUUCAUCUAUGGAUUCUAUGAUUCAUCAAAUAAACCACCACCUGUAAAAAGGCAACAACUAAUUCAUUCAACUAUUGCUGGCACUGCUAGUCAAAAACUAUGUUUUUUUCGUUUAUUUCCUAUCAUCUUUCACGAUAUUAUUGGUGAUCUUACUCUACUUCCACUAUACACUAUUUUACGUGAAAUUAUAAGCUAUAUAUAUGCCAAUCCACUUAGAAAAUCAUGGUUGCCGUACUUAGAUGGUUUAUGUAAACAAUUUCAUUGUCUUAUGAUCGAACAUUUACCUGAUCGUGUAACACCAAAAGUACAUUUUUUAACUGAGUAUACUCGUUCUAUUGAAAUGCAUGGACUCCCUAUAUUGAACUCAUGUAUGCGAUUCGAAGCAAAGCAUUUGUAUUUCAAGCAAAUUGCUAUUCGCACAUUUAAUUUUAAAAAUCCUCUGCUUACUCUCACGAAACGUCAUCAAUUACGUUAUUGCAUGUUGAACAAUUCCAAUUCAUUCUGCUAUUCAUCAUCAAUAACAGUUCGAUCGUCUAAAUCAAUUAAAUGGUCAAAACUUUCUAUUCCUGUGCGACGUUUAUUGAUAAAUUUUAUAAAUGAAACUGAUUUAAUAUAUGAAUGUACUUCGAUUUAUUACCAUCAUAUGAAUGUUAGAACUGGAUCAAUUGUUGUUCAUCAUCUCGCACAUGCUGAAGAAAUUCCAAUAUUUUGCCAGAUUCAUCGUCUAUUAAAUAUCCAAGAAAAAACAACUAUCAUUGCCGAAAUGUUAAACACAAUUUCAUUUGAUGAAAAUUUAUGGUCGUAUGAAGUUGAAUUUUCAGGAACGUUGGUUACAAUUGACAUUGAACAUUGUUUUGAUAUACAUCCUCAUUGUCUCGACAUGUAUGACGUUGAACAUGUACAUUAUAUCAAUUUAUUAACACGCAUAUCACCCCGGACGGGUUUAGAAGGAAGUGUCCUCGGUUGA